AUGGCUCAGUUCUUGCGAGGCAAGCAAGCCGGUAUCCAGAAGGACCUGUCUGAGGGGUUGUCCCCAGAUUUGUUCCUCCUGGACGACUUCGCUCGGUGUGGUGUGAACUCACAGAUUAGUGCUAUCGCAUACGAUCCUGUUCAAUCGCUCCUCGCCAUCGGUACCAGUGAUACCCAGUUUGGAAGCGGGCAGAUCUAUGUCUUUGGGCAACGGCGGGUGUCGGUGGUCUUUGAAUUCCCGCGCAAGGCGUCCGCGCGGUUUCUCCAGUUCUGCGCUAGCAAGCUCGUGAGCCUCGACUCCAAGAAUGAAAUCAGCGUUUAUUCUUUGGAGACUGGGCGCAUGGUCGUGUCCUAUGCGCCCCCAGGCCAAGCGACGGCCUUGUUAACGGAUCCGAGCUUGGACUAUGCGUUUAUCGGCUUGUCGAAUGGUGACAUUAUUGCAUACGAUUUGGACCGAGAAUCAAUGACACCUUUCAAAAUCCCGAACUUGUGGUUGGAACGCAACCCUCGCGCGCGGUUCUCCCCUGUUGUGUCGUUGGCAUUUUCCACACGAGACAUCGGCAAAAUCCUAGUGGGAUACCCCGAGGGAGCGGUGACAUUCACGUUCAAGCAGAAUAUUGCGCAAAAGUUCUUUGUCUACGAGAUUCCUCGUAGGGCCCCGGGUGGAGAUUCACUGCCGUCCAGCGACGUGCGCAGACCCAAGUUGACCAACGCAAUUUGGCACCCGAAUGGUAUCUUCAUUCUCACAGUCCAUGAGGAUUCAAGUCUGGUACUGUGGGAUACGAAGGACGGCCGCAAACUUCACGCUCGAACGGUCCAAACACCCAAUGUUGACAGCCCUGAUGCUGCCAGACCUGGUUCGCCGGGAGAAGUCCCUGGGCCCAGGGAGCCGAUAACAAAGGUAGCUUGGUGUGCCAAAGAAAACCCGGAUGAUACUGGCCUAUUGGUGGCUGGUGGUCGGCCAGUUGGUGAGCAGAGCAAAGGUCUCGUUUUCUUGGACAUGGGCCCAACUCCCAACUACCAGACCUCUUCAUGGCAGAUUCUAUCUAGCUACUUUGAGCGCCCACGGCGAGAGAUGAAGCUUGCUGUUCCACCAGGGGCUAAAGUUGUCGAAUUUUGUCUUAUUCCUCGUGCAUCGCCUUACUUUAAUGGUGCUCAAGAUCCGAUCGCGCUUCUUGCUGUGCUAUCCUCGGGCGAGCUUGUUACCCUGAGUUUCCCCAGUGGACACGCAAUUACCCCAACCAAUAUGCUUCACCCCUUCCUUACUCUCGUUCAUCCGUUUGUGAAUAAAGCAGUGCUUACUCCCGUCGAUCGAUCUGUGUGGCUCGGUCUGAAAGAACGUCGCUUGCAGGGCCCUAAAUUCGCAAUGGGCGGUGCGGAAGCAAAGAACCCUCUCAAGCGCUUUGAAAACCGCAAUGUCGUUUCGACGGCUCAUGCAGACGGUACCGUUCGUGUUUGGGAUUGUGGACAUGACGACGAAAUUGAAAACGGCGAUGUGAUUCAAGUUGAUCUUGCCCGGGCUAUCGGCCGAGUUAACAACAUCGAAGUGACGGAAAUGUCUCUUGCGAGCGGAACUGGCGAGAUGUCUAUUGGUCUCAAGACCGGAGAGCUUGCUAUCUUCCGAUGGGGCAAUAACCCCUCGUAUGGACAUGAAGAACCCCCUGGUGCCAACCAAGGGCCCGGGAAAUUGACUCCGAUCACCCAGCGGACAGACCCAGGCCUUAAGACAGGACUACUUCCUCUUACUAUGUUGGAUAUGCAACAGGGCCCAGUGACUGCACUGAAGCAUGGCCAAGUAGGAUUCGUGGCCGUCGGUUUCGAAGGUGGUGGCCUAGCGAUAAUUGAUCUGCGAGGCCCGGCAGUUAUUCACACGGCGCAUCUGUCCGAUUUCAUCAAAGCACCGAAGCGGAGCAGCUUCGUCCGCAAGAGCCGUGGCUCGGAGGAUAUCCAUCCUGAAUGGCCCACUAAUAUUGAGUUUGGUGUGAUGACCCUGGAAGGCGAAGAUUACUCCAGCAUAUGCUGCUUUGUCGGCACGAGCCGAGGUAAUGUGGCAACCUUCAAGAUUCUUCCCAGCUCCAAUGGCACCUACACAGCUGCUUUCGCUGGAACAUCAGCGGUUGAUGACAAAGUGAUCAACAUCAUUCCCAUUGAUGCAGACUCAGGCGGUCUUGCUUUGGCUACACCAAGUGUGGUUGGCAGUUUGAGAAGCGGGAUCAAGGUCAAUGGCGUUGUAAUUGCUGUGACUACUGGUGGCUGCCGAAUCUUCAAGCCCCCGACAUCAAAGGGUGCCCAUAAAGCAUGGGAAGACUAUAUUUGUGACUCGGCAGCGGUCGUCAAAACUGAGGGACGGGGCUACAGCUUGGUAGGCCUAUUUGGUGAUGGGAAUGCCCGCGCAUUUUCAAUUCCUGGCCUCCGAGAUAUUGGAUGCACCAAGUUCAGUCAUAUUGCGGACAUGCGACGACUUUCAGAAGCAUGCAUUACCCCAACUGGAAAUAUCAUGACAUGGGUUGGUCCUUCGGAACUCGGGCUGUUUAAUGUCUGGGGAGGUGGAAACAAACUACACCCCUCAAAAGACCGUCUCUACAACCCUGAGGCUGUUCUCCCUCAGCGUCCUACCAUUACCAACAUCCAAUGGAUCUCCGGGACACAAUAUGUCUCCCCAGCAGACAUGGAUAUAUUGAUCGGCGGCCCAGACCGACCACCGUCAAAGCGAAUGAUCGAACAAAUGAAGCACGAAGACCAAGAACGCCGACAAGCCCUAAGAGAAGGACGCGCCGCACCGCCACUCGAACAGAGUGGCAGUCAAGAAGGCUAUUGGUCUUAUAUGUCCCGUCAAGUCCAAGAACGCACAGAGCGACUAGGGAUUGUCGGAGACAGUAUGGACAGGCUCGAGGAGAACAGCAGCAACUUCGCUAGCGAUGUUGGCAAAUACGUUCAGUCACAAAAGAGGAAGGCUGUCUUUGGCGCGCUUGGUUCGAAGUUUGGGCUUUAG